CGUGGCCAUGACAGACCGUCACGGACACUAUGACAAGUGGCCGCGCGCAGACCAAUCUCAAUCAUUCCGCGCCGCAAACACAAUAGCUGUGAAAACGUCACGCGGCAUGCGUUUCAAGUCUCUCUGAUUAUCGCAGAGGCAUCGCGUUCGUUCGUUAGCAUCGUGUGUGAUCAUUCGCUUGAAUUUACGAAGGAUAUGGAUCCAGAAAAUGUGGGCAAGGAAACUCUUCUAAAAGUGACAAAUUGGUUACGUGGAGUUUGGGAAAUGAGACGGCGUGCCGAUGGAUCAGUUCAACAAUGGAUUGAUUCAAUACCGUUGCCUACAAAAUCGGAUAUUACAAAUGAAUGCCAAGAACGUAACUCGAAUAAACCGUUAACACCAACAGAGCCUCAAGACAUUCCGUUUCCUAAAGGCUCAAAGCUUCCAAGCAUGACUGUAUCGGCGCCUAUUAAUGUUCCUAAUUCAUCAACAAUGAAUAUACCAAUACUUCCAAGUUCGCUUCCUCAUCAUAGACUGGCACGAGACGCGAGCUUUCAAUCGGACAGCAGUCACUGUAGUAGUGUCGAAAGUUUACUAGAAUUACGAAGAGCGGAUCCGACAGCAAUUUUGCUCGAUCUUGGUUUCGGUGGUUGCUCAAACAGUUCGCGGGAAAACGAUCCAAUUUCUCGCAUUCCUAAGAGGUUCCUUCAGCCGUCAUCGUUACAAGGCAUUGCUAUAGACGAGUUUCUUAAACAACAACAAGAGACUAGUGAAUCUUUUGAUUCGGUAUCUUUAGGAUAUAGAGGCCUAAUGGGAUCGCCAUAUGUAGCUCCAUCAGAAAUUGUGCAAAAAAUUAUGGAACGUUUGCGGGAACAUGAAAACCAUGAGGUGGACACAAAUUCAUAUUAUUAUGAGCAGUACAGUCCCUUAUAUCAAAACUCAGGAAGACUUUCUGUGCUAUCUCCUGACAACAGGCAAUUUUUAGAACAGCCACGUUCCAAGAGUCCUGAUAUGCGUAACAAACGUAUGAUUAUAGGACAAAAAUCAUUUGCUUUUGGAUGCGACGGAAAUUUAAUCGAAAUACCUUCCAAUGAUACAAAUCUUGCGUCCAAUAAUACAAUAGAUAGUGAUAAUAGUUUAUUGGAUGUUAGUAAAUCCAUAGAAUUAAAGCAAUCAUCUUUAGAAGAAAGUACAAUGCUCGAACAUCGGUAUUUUUCGAAGAAUAACAAGAAAUUAUCGAAACAUUUGUCAUUUGAUGAUACUGUCGAUUUUUCCGAAACUGACCAAUUAUUAAAAGACAAUCAGGAGAUGGCGAAUAGCUUAAAUUUUGCUCAAAGUGGCACAAAUGUAGAUAAUAACGAGCAGGAAAAUAAUGUAUUUGAAACAAAUUCCAAAAAACAUGGAAAACAUGAAUUUCUUGAUGUUCGAAGGGCUAGCGAGGGGUCGUGCGAUAUUAAAUCUUUAAGAAAUAAAGUAUUUAUCGGGAAACGAAGAUUUAGCGAUGGCGCAAUGCGCACUAUUGAAAGCCAAAGUACGGAAUGCACGUUAAUGCAGAAGAGAAGAAGUUUCAAAAGACAGUCUAGAGUAUGUGAUACAAAUGCAAUCGAUUAUUGUGAAUCUAUUAGGUCUAACGUAUCAAAUGCGAUAUUUGAAUGUAACAUAGACAAUGAAGAGGAAAUAUCUAGUGACAUACCUAACAGUACACACCAAGUAAAUAUGCUGAAACCACUUGAACCAACUGAAGGUGAAAAUCUAGAACUAAAAAUAGAUACAAAAUCUUCAUUUAGAGAAUCUAAUUGUAUGUCUUCACUAUCAAAGAUUAGCGAAACUAUGGAUAAAAUGAAAAGCUUUGAAACUACAGAAGAAAACUCAGCAUCGGGUGAUCAUACUUGUAUGGAAGAUAUUCAAGUUCGCUAUUGUAAAGGUAAAGUUUGUAUAGAUUGUAAGUGUGAUAAGAACUGUCCAGAUUGUUGCUGUCAUGUCGACAAACGGAAAUAUUGGAAGAAGAUGAAGAAGAUCAUGCGAGAAAAUAAAAAAUUAGAGGAUAUGCUAGCAAAAAGUAGAAGAGAAGUGGCAGAAAUUCGUGAUAUACUAAGUAGCGUUUUAUCAGUCAGAAUGGAACCGGGAUUUUAAGUAGAUUGUUAAAAAACUUGCUGUUUUUAACGAAAAAGAAAAAUGACUAAUUGUAUAGUUAUAUGAUCUUGUGAUAUAGUUGAAUGUGUGUGUAUCAGGGUAAAGAAUUAAUACGUCAUAAAAUUGAACUUUCUAUUUAACCACACUUUGUGAAUUAAUCUAUAUAUUCUUCUAUUUUAGAAAUCUCAAAUAUUUUCGAAGCUCGCGUUUUAUAAUAACAGAUAUUUCUAUAAUAUAUAUACACAUGAGAACAAUCACUUUUUUAAUAUCUGUUUUUAGUUAAAAUCAACAAAGAAGAAAAAAAAUAUGAUAUAUUUCAUUACUUCUGUGCUAAAUAUGCCAUAAAAAUGUUAGCACAAAUUCAUGUAUAUAUAUUUGUAUCUCUAUUUAUAACUCAUAUAUUUUUUUAUACAUUCCAUUUAAUGCAAAUUAUAAACAAAGAUGAAAAUGUUAUUACAUUCAGAUUUUAUUUAAUAUAAUAGGCAUUGUCAUAUGAUCAAAAAACGUGCAACAGGUUUAUUAUUAUAUUUUGUUGAAAAAAAGAAUAAUAUGUUGAUAUGACAUUGGUACAUUGUUGUGUAAAUGGCAUACUUUUUGAAAAAAGAAAACGUAAAAAAGAAUGCUAAGUAAUACACCCGUCAAAAAACGCAUUCAUAGACCACGCUUAAUAUACUCAUUAAGUUUGAAGUAUCGAGUUUAGCGUUUAUCACUUUGUAAUUAUGUUUAUUGAUUAAAUACUUGUAUGUAACUCGUAAUUAGAAAGAUAUAGUAAUGCGUCAGUUUCGCCUCUCUUGUUCACGUUUGAUAAUGUCUCUGUAUAGUUUAUUUAGUAUAUUUUAAUGAAGAUAACUAUAUGUGAAAGUGUACGAUAUAGGUAUGAUUGGAGUAAUAAUGAAAGUUUGAUACUUUCGCCACUUUUUUAAUGAUUACAUUCACAAUAAGUUUUAAUUGCAACAAAUGCUGGUCAUUCUGUACUUUGCAAAAAGAAUUUUAGAUCUAGUCUUUUACAAUUACUAUCAACACACAGUGAUAACAUAUCUAACUAUUAAUUAUAAAUUCUUUAUCUCUCCUUCCCUUAUACAAUAAAGAAAUAUAUCAAGAUAAAGAAUUUUUAAAAACAAUUCACGAUUGUUUGGAUAUAAGUUAUUGAGAAUUAAUUUAUGCUGCCAUAUUAUAAUUGAUAGUACUUCUUGAAUAUUGAUAUGUUUACACAAACCGUACAUCAUAGUUAUAGAUAAUGUACAUUUUUUUAAUUUUAAUCUAACAUGGAUAACAAUCAAUAACUGGUAUACUAGAAGAAAUCUAACUUAUACAGAAAUAAGCGAAUAUAUAUAUAUUCAAAAUGAUUCAAAAUAAUUUAAAAUAUACUAACGAUUAACAUUUUAAUGAAAAGCAAGUGCUCCAAGUAUUGAAUUACAUUUAUGUAAUUUGAGAAUAAAAUCAAACAAUGUGUUGUGUUUAUUCUGUUACAAUGGAUCAUUAUACAAAUUAUUUGAUAUAUCUAACAGAACUUAUUAUCUAUAAAAAUAUAUUUGGGCAGGAGCAGAAAAGAUAGAUAUAUUAAAUUAAUAUAUAUGUAUAUUAUGAAAUGUAUGUCUGUCCAUUUUUUACUUAAUGCUUAAAAUUUUAAUAUUGAUUGGAAAUUUUACUCAAUACUUUUUAGGUCAUAAUAUAGUCACUUAAUAAAGAAAACUGCAUUUUAUUUUGUUACAAGACACAAUAAAAAUAUAAUUAGCAUAGAGAUACAAGAGAGAGACUAUUCAAUCGAAAUGAUUCGGUACAAAUCAAAAACUUUGAAACGCUAUCAACUCUUAUUUAUGUAACAAACUUUAUAUAAUGAACAUCCACAUUUUACAUAAUAAAUAAGUAAAAUUCUGUACCUAUAUUUUCUGAUUUCUCUUGAAUAAUAUAUAUCAAGUGUGAUAAAGUCCAAAUAAGAUAUGUACUAUCUAUACAAGAUACAUGAAAAGUAGAGUUAUACAAACAAAAUAUAGGAGGAUUGUAGAAAUAAAGUACGAUGUACAAUU